CUGGUCAAAAAGGGUGUCAAUGUUAACGCAGAAGCUGAAGGAUACGGAUGUGUUAUCUACGCAGCCUCGAUUGAGGGCCAUGACGAGAUCGUCAAAUUAGUUCUAGACCACGGCGCUGAUGUCAACGCAAAUUGCGAUGGAUCUUACGGCACUGCUAUCCUGGUGGCUUCGUCUCGUGACCACAAAAACGUGGUCAAGACCCUCGUGGAUCAUGGUGCUGAUCUCAGCACCGAAUUUGGAGGAAUCGGUAACGCGCUUCAGGCAGCAUCGUUUGAGGGCUAUGAAGAGAUCGUCGGAUUACUUCUUGAUAACGGCGCAGACAUCAACGCAAAGACUGAAGAGUUCUGCAGUGCUCUUGUUGCUGCCGUAACUGGCGGCAAUAGAGAAAUCAUCACUACAUUGCUGAAACGUGGAGCAGACGUCAAUAUACGCGGCGGAGACCCUCACACUGCACUUAUUGCAGCUGCGUGCGAAGGUGAUACAGAAAUCACUGAGCAGCUUCUUACCCACGGUGCAGAGAUUGACGAUCAGGACAGUCACUACCUUGGAACUGCGCUCUGUGCCGCAUUGUAUUAUGACAAAGAAGAUAUAGUGGCACUCUUGCUUGCCAAGGGUGCGAACAUUCACACAGAAGGUGGAAAGUUCAGCAACGCACUUGGAGUCGCUGCCUACAAGGGUAACCAACCAAUGGUUGAUCAGCUGUUACGUCUGGAUGCAGAUAUAAAUGCACCAGGGAAUGUCUUCUCCGGUGCCCUUCAAGCAGCGAUCGCUGGAGGUCACAAAGAAAUUGUAGACAGGCUCCUUGCGCAAGGUGCAGACAUCCAUCGACAGGGUGGAGUGUAUGGCAGCGUGCUAGGAACUGCGGCAGCUGAGGGGAAACUCUGGGUCAUCGAGCUACUAAUCGAUAAAGGGGCUGAUUUGUCUGCGACAAAUGACUCUGGAGAAACAUUGCUCCACCUGGGAUCAGCAAGUGGUCAUAUUGUAGUGUUGAGACUGCUGAUUCAGCACGGUGCACACCUGGACAGUCAAGACUACAACGGCAUAACGCCACUGAUAGCGGCGCUGAGGAAAAAACAUGCUCAAGCAGCUGAAUUUCUUCUUGAAAAGGGCGCGAAUUUCUCGAUGGUUUCCGAAAGUGGCGUCACUGCGCUUACGUUGGCAUCAGAGCAAGGAAUUGUGGAUAUAGUCCGACAUAUUCUCGACAAGAUGACAGGAUUGGGCACUGUCAACGACUGUGGACUCAUCACAGCGGCGUGCAAUGGUCAUCUUGAGGUGGUGAAACUCCUCCUGGACAAUGGUGCAGACCCCGUCAUCGCCGGCAACGACGGUUGGUCGGCGACCGCCUUUGCCUCAGAUCAUGGUCAUCUUGAGGUACUUAAGCUAUUUCUUGGUAGAGGUGGUGAUAUGUUCGCCAUCAAUGGUGGUUGGACUCCUCUGCUUCUCACCGCCAGGUAG